AUGUCAGACUCAGACUUCCUCACCUCCGCCUCUCCCUCUCCCUCUCCCCCUCCACUCUUCGACUGCGACUACAGUGACUGGACUCCUUCCCUUUCCAUUGUCCCAUCCCUCUACCUGCUGGCCUUCCUGGUUGGUUGCCUCGGCAACUGCCUAGUGCUGUGGGCCUACCUGGACCGGGCUAGUGGGAGGGGAACUGGAAGACUCUGUUGCACUGGCAUUUUCAGAAGCAGCCAGCAGAACAUAAACAGCGCCGGUAGAUUUCACCAAGGGUCCUCUCCUCAGAAGAAGACAGAGAACUGUGGAUAUUCCUCGGGACAAAGACCCUCCUCUCACACCUGCACCUCCACCUCUUGUCCCCCCUCCGUCCCCCGCCCCUCACGCUCUCUGACAGACUCUCUGAUAGCAAGCUUAGCGUUAGCUGACCUCUGCUACCUCGCGCUCCUCCCUCUGUGGGCGGUCUACACAGCCAUGGGCUACCACUGGCCUUUUGGGCAAGCCCUCUGCCAAAUCAGCAGCUUCCUCACUGCCUUUAACAUGUACGCCAGCGUGUUCAGUCUGAGCAUGCUCAGUAUGGAGCGGUACUGGGUUCUGACUGGACGCCGGCACUCCAGACACCAUGGCCCUCAGAGGUGCCCCAGCAGGGCUAUGUGGAUACUCGGAGGGGUGUGGGUGCUGGCGGGGGUGCUGGCACUUCCUGGUUUGCUACUGCGCUCUGUCAGGGAGGUGGAGGUAGGCCCUGAAUCCGAUUAUGAUUAUCAGCUGGAGCCGGUUCAUCCAACCACUGACUCUAGAUCAGUAUUCCUCUCCUGCCAAAUGGAUUACUCCAUGCUGAUUGGAGAAGAGCUGGAGGAGACGGAUCGGGAGCAGGCGGAGAAGUGGUGGGCAGCCGCUUUGGGAGUUAAAUCAACUUUAAUUGGCUUCCUGCUUCCUCUUGUCAUCCUGCUGGUCUGCUACUGCUCAUUGGCCCAGCUCCUAAGCAGACAUUUUGGGCGGGGCCCUCGUUCGGACCGCAAGCGCCAGCGAAGACUCCUCAGGGUCAUCGUCACCCUAGUGAUGGCUUUUUUUCUGUGCUGGCUGCCUCUGCAUGUCAAUAAGACUGUUAGCAUCCUGCUGGACUUUGAUAUUGUCACACACUCCUGCUCUUUGUAUCAGAUUUUACUUGCCGCUCAACCAUACGUCACCUGUCUAACUUAUAUCAACUCCUGCCUCAACCCUCUCCUGUACGCUGCAUGUGACCCGUCAUUCAGGAAGAGAUGCAAAGGAGCUCUUCUCCUGCUGUGCAGGACGAGCAGGAGAGGAGGAGGAGAGGGAAGGGAGGGAAAGAAAGAUGAAGAAGAUAAAGAUAAAAGGAGUUCCGCUUUGCCUUCAAGAACACAAGAGGAAACAGCAGAUAAGACAGAGGGAGAAGAGGAGAUGGUGGGGGAGGUGGAUGCCAUGACUGCUGAGAUAACUGCUUGA